GGGAUCCAGGCUAAUGUCUUAGCUCUUCUGAGGAAGUCGGAAGUUGUUGCCUGUGCUGUGCUUUGGGUUCUGGGGAGAAUCCGGAUCAGCUCAGCAGCUGCACCAUGGUGAGCGAGGCAUUGCAUUCCACAGACAGGGAGGAGUGGCCGGCCAUGAAUGCAGUGACCUAUGAUGAUGUGCAUGUUGACUUCAGUCGGGAAGAAUGGGCUUUGCUGGAUCUUUCCCAGAAGAGUCUCUACAAAGAUGUGAUGCUGGAGACCUAUUGGAACCUCACUGCUAUAGGGUACAAAUGGGAAGAUCAUAAUAUUGAAGAACAUUGUAAAAGUUCUAGAAGACAUGGAAGGCAUGAAAGAAGUCAUACUGGAGAGAAACCUUCUGAAUACAUUCAAAGUGUUAAAGUCUAUGCAUAUCAUAAUCAUCUUCAAAGAAAUGAAAGAAUCCAUACCAGAGAGGAACCCUAUGCAUGUAAUCAAUAUGGUAAAGUCUUUUUACAGGACAGUAGUCUCCAAACACAUAAAAGAACACAUAUUGGAGAGAAACCCUAUGAAUGUAAUCAAUGUGGUAAAGCUUUUGGACGUCACAAUCAUCUUCUAACACAUACAAGAAUACAUACUGGAGAGAAGCCCUAUGAAUGUAACCAAUGUGGUAAAGCCUUUUCACGACAGAGUAAUCUUCUAACCCAUAAAAGAACACAUACUGGAGAGAAACCCCAUGAAUGUAAUCAAUGUGGUAAAGUCUUUUCACAACACAGAUAUCUCCAAAUACAUAAAAGAAUACAUACUGGAGAGAAACCCUAUGAAUGUAAUCAAUGUGGUAAAGCCUUUUCACGACAGAGUAAUCUUCUAACCCAUAAAAGAAUACAUACUGGAGAGAAACCCUAUGAAUGUAAUCAAUGUGGUAAAACCUUUGCAUUUAGUAGUAGUCUCCAAAAACAUAAAAGCACACAUACUGGGGAGAAACCCUAUGAAUGUAAUCAAUGUGGAAAAGCUUUUUCACAAAAGUGCCAUCUCCAAAUUCAUAAAAGAACUCAUACUGGAGAGAAACCCUAUGAAUGUAAUCAAUGUGGGAAAGCCUUUGCAUGUCAUGGUCAUCUUCUAACGCAUAAAAGAACACAUACUGGAGAGAAACCCUAUGAAUGUAAUCAGUGUGGUAAAGCCUUUGCAUGUGAUAGUAGUCUCCGAGUACAUAAAAGAUCACAUACUGGAGAGAAACCCUAUGAAUGUAAUCAGUGUGAUAAAGCCUUUGCACGUUACAGUCAUCUCCUAAUGCAUAAAAGAACACAUACUGGAGAGAAACCCUAUGAGUGCAAUCAGUGUGGUAAAGCCUUUGCGCGUUACAGUCAAGUUCUAAUGCAUAAAAGAACACAUACUGGCGAGAAGCCCUAUGAAUGUAAUCAAUGUGGUAAAGCCUUUGCACAUCAUAGUCAUCUUCUAAGGCAUAAAAGAACACAUACAGGAGAGAAACCCUAUGAUUGUAAUCAAUGUCAGAAAGCCUUUACAUGUAACAGUAGACUCCAAAUACACAAAAAAACUUACUCUGGAGGGAACCAUGUGAAUGUAAUCAAUCUGCUAAAGCCUUUGGACAUUACUGCAGUCUUUGAAAUCAUGAGAAAAAAAUCAAACUGCAGAGAAACCCUAUGAAUGAGGUCAGUGUGGUAGGGUUUUGCACUUCAUGGUAGUCUUUAAACAAGAGUAAAAAAGUUUUACUCUAAAGCAUUCUUUUAAAUGCAAUCAUUCUGUUAAAGCCUGUACAUACCACAGUAGUCUUUGAGAAUGUGAAAAAACUCAUACUGAAGGGAAUCUGGCUAUAAAGGAUUUGGUAAUAUCUUUACCCAACACAUUUACAUUAUACAAGAGUAUUCUGGAGAAAAAAAAUCUGACAAUGUCAACAAUCUAUUCAAGCACUAUAAUGCCUCUAUUUUGUUUGUACCUGCAAACUCAUAUGGACGAAACCCUACACAUUUAAAUAAUAAAGUAACCCUUUUAGGUUUCAUA